UUCUCUCUCUUUUCCUCUCCACAUUCUCUUAGAAAGACAGAGGUUUUGGUUUCUUCUGUGAGUGUUUUUUUCAGAGCUUUCUUCACCAGUGUGGUCUACAAUGGCGUCGUCAGAGAAGUCUACCUCCAAGGGUCAAGCAUGGUUCUGUACGACUGGAUUACCUAGCGACAUUGAAAUCGAAGUUGAUGAUAUGACAUUUCAUCUCCAUAAGUUUCCUCUCAUGUCAAAGAGCAGGAAACUUCACAGGUUGAUUACAGAGCAGGAGACCAGAUCAUUUUCUUCUAUAAAUCCCCAAACCUCCAUGGCACUAGCUGUAGUAGUAGCAGAGAGUGAUGAGAAGGGAAAAGGCCAUGAAAUCGAGGAUGAAGAAGAAGAACAACAACAACAAGAGCAGGAGAUUGAAGAAAAUGUUUUUCCUCACAUAACUCUUGAAGAUUUUCCCGGGAGCUCAGAGAGCUUCGAGAUGGUGGCAAAGUUCUGCUACGGCGUCAAGAUCGACCUCUCCGCCUCCUCUGCAGUUCCCCUCCGCUGCGCUGCCGAGCAUCUCGAAAUGACGGAAGAGUAUUCACCGGAUAACCUCAUCUCAAAGACGGAGAGGUUUCUUUCGAACUCCGUCUACAAGAGCUUGCGAGAAUCGAUCAAGGCUCUCCAAGCUUGUGAGCCAGUCUCGCCUUUAGCAGAAUCGCUUGGCUUAACGGAACAGUGCGUAGAGUCCAUCGUCUCCAGAGCUUCCUCAGCCGAUCCUUCUCUCUUCGGCUGGCCCGUAAACGACGGAGGCGGAGUCGUCAAUGAUCUGUCGCUUAUCCCCGGUGGCUGCGCGUCGAAAUCUGCAGCUGAUGCGCGACGGAAGAAACAGAAUAGGGAUACGAAUACGGAGCUGUGGUUUGAAGAUCUGGCGCAGCUAAGCCUUCCCAUCUUCAGAACUGUGAUCCUCUCAAUGAGAUCUGAAGAUCUAAGCUCAGACGUCAUAGAGAGCUGUUUGAUUUGUUACGCCAAAAAGCAUAUUCCAGGAAUCUUGCGAUCUAACCGUAAACCGUCAUCAUCUUCAACAACAACAACAUCCGCAGCUUCAGAGAACGAACAGAGAGAGAUACUCGAGACGAUAACCUCUAAUCUUCCAUUAGAUAAGAGCUCCUCCAUCUCCUCAACCACCACCACCACGAGGUUCCUCUUCGGGCUACUACGAACCGCCAUCAUCCUCGACGCGUCGGAGACUUGCCGCGAUCUACUGGAGAGGAAGAUCGGAUCGCAGCUGGAGCGAGCCACGCUCGACGACUUGCUCGUCCCUAGCUACUCCUACCUCAACGAGACGUUGUACGACGUCGAUCUGGUGGAGAGAAUCCUGAGCCACUUUCUCGACUCUUUGGAGGAACAACAGCAAUCGAACACCACCACCGCGCUUGUGGUCGAGGCUGACGGACGGUCUCCGUCGCUGAUGCUAGUCGGGAAACUGAUCGACGGAUUCCUCGCGGAGAUCGCAUCGGACGCCAAUCUCAAAUCGGGAAAAUUCUACAACCUAGCGAUCUCUCUCCCAGAUCAAGCUCGGCUCUACGACGAUGGACUUUACAGAGCUGUCGACGUAUAUCUCAAGGCGCAUCCAUGGGUAACAGAAGAAGAGAAGGAGAAGAUAUGCGGCGUCAUGGAUUGUCAAAAACUCACGUUGGAAGCGUGCACACACGCCGCACAGAACGAGCGGCUUCCACUCCGAACCGUCGUACAAGUCCUCUUCUUCGAGCAGUUACAGCUCCGCCACGCGAUCGCCGGUACGCUACUCGCGGCUCAAUCGCCGUCUCCGUCUCAGUCAACGGAGCCGAGACUAUCAGCAAGAAGGAAUCUAACGAUAGCGGAGGUGGUAAACGGGAACGAAACGAGGGGAGAAGAAGAAGGAGAGGUGGACGGUGUGAAAUGGAAGAAGACGGUGAGAGAGAAUCAGGUGCUUCGAUUGGAUAUGGAUACGAUGAGGACGCGCGUUCACCGGUUGGAGAGAGAAUGCUCAAACAUGAAGAAAGUGAUAGCCAAGAUCGAUAAAGUAGGUUCGCCGGCGACGACGGCGGCUACAGAUCGGCCGAGAAGUUGGUCAAUCACGAAAAAAUUCGGAUGCAAAUUCAAGACGCAGGUCUGUGAUUCUCAAGAGGCAACAGUGGUGGAUCAUAGAUCCCGACGGGUUUGAUUGGUUUUUCGAUGAAUCUCUCUAGUACAGAAUCAGGAAAGUGUAUCAUUGAUGAUGAUGAUGAAUGGAUUGUUAUUUUUAUUUAAUCCGUGGAGAUGUCUUCUUGCUAUGUUUUGUUCUAUACGAAUGUGAAACGUUUUGAGUU